AUGAUACAUCGUUGCGUUGAAUCCUUUGUCGUUAAAUUAAUUGCUGAUCAAGAUGAUAUAAAUUUAUUAUUUAAUCAAUUCGUCGAUGUAAGCAGCCAUGGAAGUUUAAUUAAAUGCCUUGCUUCAAAUGAUCUUGAAACUCUUCAAAAUUAUACGUAUGAUCCAUCUGUAGUUGAUUGUCUAUCAUUAAAUAUUAAUGAAGACGAUGAUGAAGAACAAAUUCAAAAUGCAGCUACAUUAGCUGCAGAACAAGAUAANUAA